AUGGCAGAUAGUAAAGGUAAUCCUGAUGACUUAUCGACCGCGAUUCUGCGUCGUAAGGACAGACCCAACCGCCUUAUCGUCGAGGAGGCGGUCAGCGAUGACAACUCUGUGGUGGCGCUAUCUCAGGCAAAAAUGGAGCAGCUGCAGCUCUUCCGCGGUGAUACCGUUCUGCUGAAAGGCAAACGUCGCAAGGAGACGGUUUGCAUCGUUCUCUCAGAUGACAACUGCCCCGAUGAGAAGAUCCGUAUGAAUCGUGUUGUACGCAACAAUCUGCGCGUGCGGCUGUCUGAUGUCGUGUCUAUUGCGCCAUGCCCGUCUGUGAAGUAUGGCAAGCGGGUGCAUAUAUUGCCUAUUGAUGACUCUGUUGAAGGCUUAACUGGCAACUUAUUCGAAGUAUAUCUGAAGCCAUAUUUCAUGGAAGCAUACAGGCCUAUCCACCGUGACGACACCUUCAUGGUACGCGGAGGCAUGCGCGCUGUAGAAUUCAAGGUGGUAGAGACUGAUCCAUCUCCGUACUGCAUCGUCGCACCUGACACUGUCAUACAUUGUGAUGGGGAUCCCAUCAAACGCGAGGAGGAAGAGGAAGCUCUUAACGCUGUCGGUUAUGACGACAUCGGUGGAUGCCGCAAGCAGCUCGCUCAGAUCAAGGAGAUGGUGGAGUUGCCUCUGCGCCACCCGUCACUGUUCAAGGCUAUCGGUGUGAAGCCUCCGCGCGGUAUUCUCAUGUACGGUCCACCCGGAACUGGCAAGACACUGAUUGCCCGUGCUGUCGCUAAUGAAACUGGUGCAUUCUUCUUCCUGAUCAAUGGUCCAGAGAUCAUGUCGAAAUUGGCCGGUGAAUCUGAAUCGAACUUGCGUAAAGCAUUCGAGGAGGCUGAUAAGAACUCCCCUGCUAUAAUUUUCAUUGACGAAUUGGACGCUAUUGCUCCCAAAAGAGAGAAGACUCAUGGAGAAGUGGAACGUCGUAUUGUGUCUCAGCUUCUCACACUUAUGGAUGGUAUGAAGAAAUCAUCCCACGUGAUCGUAAUGGCCGCUACCAACAGACCUAACUCCAUCGACCCGGCGCUCCGUCGUUUUGGUCGCUUCGACCGUGAAAUUGACAUUGGUAUUCCUGAUGCGACUGGACGGCUCGAGAUUCUUCGUAUACAUACUAAGAACAUGAAGCUUGGUGACGAUGUCGAUCUAGAACAGAUUGCUGCAGAAUCUCACGGUCACGUGGGUGCCGAUUUGGCUUCUCUUUGCUCUGAGGCUGCCCUCCAACAAAUCCGUGAGAAGAUGGAUCUGAUUGAUUUAGAAGACGACCAAAUCGACGCCGAGGUUCUGAACUCGCUCGCCGUCUCCAUGGACAACUUCCGGUACGCAAUGACCAAAUCAUCGCCGUCCGCACUCCGCGAGACCGUAGUAGAAGUACCCAAUGUAACUUGGGGCGACAUUGGAGGCCUGCAGAACGUGAAGCGCGAGCUGCAGGAGUUGGUGCAGUACCCUGUGGAACACCCUGACAAGUUCCUUAAGUUCGGCAUGCAGCCGUCCCGCGGUGUACUGUUCUAUGGACCACCUGGUUGCGGUAAAACCUUGUUAGCAAAGGCUAUUGCUAAUGAGUGCCAGGCCAACUUCAUCUCAGUAAAGGGCCCUGAACUGCUCACUAUGUGGUUCGGUGAAUCUGAAGCUAAUGUGCGAGAUAUCUUCGACAAGGCCCGGUCUGCAUCACCUUGCGUGUUGUUCUUCGACGAGCUGGACUCUAUCGCGAAGUCCCGCGGCGGGUCCGUGUCAGACGCAGGUGGCGCUGCAGACCGUGUGAUCAACCAGAUCCUCACCGAGAUGGACGGCAUGGGCGCCAAAAAGAACGUUUUCAUUAUUGGUGCGACAAAUCGUCCCGACAUUAUCGACCCAGCGAUCCUGCGGCCGGGCCGUCUGGAUCAGCUGAUCUACAUCCCGUUGCCCGACGAGAAAUCGCGCGAGGCUAUCCUUAGGGCCAACCUCCGCAAGUCACCAAUCGCCAAAGACGUGGAUCUCACUUACAUUGCUAAGGUCACACAAGGGUUCAGCGGUGCCGACUUGACAGAGAUUUGCCAGCGCGCGUGCAAGCUCGCCAUCCGCCAGGCCAUCGAGGCCGAGAUACAGCGCGAGCGCACGCGCCAGCAGCAGACCGCCGCCGCCGUCAUGGACAUGGACGAGGAGGACCCGGUGCCGGAGAUCAGCCGAGCUCAUUUCGAAGAGGCCAUGAAGUUCGCUCGACGUUCGGUGUCCGACAACGACAUCCGCAAGUACGAGAUGUUCGCGCAGACUCUGCAGCAGAGCAGGGGCUUCGGCACUAACUUCAGGUUCCCGACGAGCGGCGGUGCAGCGGGCGGCACGGGCACGUCGGGCGGGGACCAGCCCACGUUCCAGGAGGAGGGCGGCGACGACGACCUCUACAGCUAA